GGUUCGCUCGGGGCCAGCGCCGGUGUUGCCGGGGCCAGCGCCGCUUCUGCCGGCCGGCCAUGGAGCGGCAGCGCAUCCCCCGCAUCCCCCGCGCCGGGAAGGCGCCGCGGAAGAGGCGCCGCGAGUCCCCGCUGCCGGGGGCGGCCGCGCUGCCGGGCCGGCGGGCCGGGCCGCCCCAGCCGUGCCGCCGGAGCCUGUUCGGCGGAGCGGGGCCGCGCGGGCCCGAGCCCUGUUGCCCAAAGAAAAAGGUCAGUGGGAAAACCUUACCAAAAAUUAAAGAAAAUGUUGAACUCACUGAGGAGAGCCCUUCAUGCAACCAAAGCAAUCAAGUGAAUGUCAGAGAAACAAGAGACUUGGAAAAAGAAGAAGAGGAGUCAGGAGAAAGCAGUGUAUCACUGAAGAAAUCCUCAAUGAUCAGCUUUGAAAGUAAAGAAAGUUUGCAAAAUGCAGAAAUGACUUCAAGUACAGGAAUGACUCUUCCCACAGGUGUUUCAACCUUUCUCAUUCAGUGUUUAGAUGCCCAUUCAACUGCAGAUUUUAACAAUACUAGUGACAGCCUGCAGAGUUACUCAUCCCCUGAAACAUUCAGAGAUGAUGCUUCAGAAAGAAGUCAUUUUUAUUCUAUGGACCUUGGCAAGUACAAGAACUCUACUCUGCUGGACUCCAGCAAAGCAGUGACCAUUGAUAAGAUAGCACAGAUCUCAAAUCUUUCAGCAAUAUUAGAACCUGUACCAAAGGAUUUUCAAGACCAGUGCAUUAGAAGAAAGAGACCAUCAAAUUGCAAUUACAGUUCUUCAGCAUUAGGCAUUUCAGCUACUCUGUCAGGAAAAAAGCUCUGUAAAAUUACAGCUGCAAGAGAGAGAACUCCAGACCUAAAAAGUGUUAUGCGCUGUGCUUCACCCUUAGGACCGGACAGCAAGCCUGACAAGCAAACUGCUAAACCCAAAAGGGUGAAGCGUAAGGAAACGGGAAACAAUUCUAAUCCAGCAGAAGAAGGUUCAUCAUCAUUCAGGCAGCUUGGUGCCCCAGGAAACACUUCAACCAAACCAGGGGGGUUGACAGCAGAAGUUGUGCCAACCAAACGAACACAUGUGGUGGUGCAAAUGACUUCCACCAUGCUGAUGAUUGAGGAAAAUAAAGCUCUAAAAAAUCCUGGUAAUGCUCAGCGUGCACAGCUAAAGCUCAGCUUGUCACCAGUGUGCAAAGCCUCACCUGGGGAAAGCCUGUUCCUGAAUACCACAGGUCCAUGUGUAAAUUCAGAAGAAAUUGUUCCUGCAUCUCUGAGCUCAGAAAAGGAAAUUAUUCCUCAAAGUCCAGAAGAAAAGAAUAUUUUUAAGCCCCUGUGUGACAGACAAGAAAUCUGCUCCAUUGUUAGACUGUCACCACACCAGAGGCCUUCCAGGCUCCAGCAAGUUCCAGUUGUCAGGAAAGGGUUCUCCCUCCCCAAAGGAGUGCCUGAAGAUACUAUUACAAGUACCAAAAAUUGGAUCUGCUGUGAACAGAGAUGAGAUUUCUGGGUCUCAGCAGGAGUCAACAGAAGAAAUGACCAUCUUGUUGCUGUGUCAGGGUGAUGGAACAGAACUAACAAAUGGCUGGGUUUUUUUUUUUCUUGUUUGCACAUACAUUGUUUGAAAUUUGGUGUUAUGUGUUCAGUAAGCUUGUAAGUACUUUACUCAAGUACUUAACAUUAAAUUAUUUUGUACAGCAA